AUGGCAGGCCUCGAAGUUACCGGUGUCGAGACGUGGACAUACUUUGCCAUUAGCCUUGUUGUCAUCUUGGUCAGAGUCGGCUUGCGAUGGAGGGCCGAGGGGUUUCGCGGCCUGGACGCCGACGACUACCUCAUGGUUCUUGCCGCGCCACUUUACGGGGCCGGAACUGUAGUGGCGUUCUUUGUCAAUGUGCACGCGCAUGGGUUGGCCAACAACGGGCCGACGCCCGAGGAGCGCGCCGCCCUCGACCCGGAUAGCCUCGAGUGGCGCCUGCGAGUCAAAGGCUCUCAGCUGCACCUGUCGGGCUGGCUCCUCUACACGGCCCUGUUGUGGACGCUCAAGCUGUGCUGGCUCUUCUUCUACAAGCGCCUCGGCGAUCGCGUAAACCGCAUGACGCUCAAGGUCAACCUAGGCUUUGUGCUUGUUGGUUCUACCUACGUCGCCGUCUUCGCCACCAUUCUCUUUGGAUGCUGGCCCAUUUCCAAGCACUGGCAAAUCAACCCGGAUCCCGGAAAUCGCUGCUACCCGGCAAUAGCAGAGCUCCAGGCGUGGGUCGUCGUGUGCACCAACCUGACGACCGAUUUAUACAUCAUGACGAUACCUCUUCCUAUGGUCUGGCGUGCCCGCAUCUCGGCGAGAAAGAAAGCCGGCCUCGGUGCCAUGUUUUGCUGCGGUCUCAUCACAAUCGGCUUCGGCGCCGCCCGCUGCGCCUUCAUCCUGCGCAACGACUCGGGCGACACCGAGUUUGCUGCCAGGUGGUCGUCCCGCGAGUCGUUUGUCGCCGUCAUCAUCUCCAACGUGCCCAUCCUCUUCCCGCUGAUACGCCAGGAGUCCCGCAGCGGCGCCGGCGUGUACAAGCUCUCGGCGAUGUCGUCGCACAAGCAGUCCGGUCAAGGCAAGUCCAGGAACGCCAUGGGCCAUGCCAACGGCUACGGGGGGCAUGAGUCGGAGGAGUCGAUUGUCUCGGUGCAUCAACCCGGCAGAACAGACGGUACAAAUGAUGCCCAGCACUCGACCAAGAUGAUAUGA